CCCAUUCCCGGUUUUUCUAGUUUUUCGCAUCCAAUCCUCACAAUGCGCUCUUCCACUACCACAACUCUUUCUCCGCUCAUUCAUUUCCUUCACUUCUCUCUACAUUUUCACAUUUUUUUUUUUCAAAAUUAAAUUUUCACAAACAAUAAUCGACUCUAAAUUCCAAGAAGAAACAGCAAUGAAAUUUACAGAUUUGUAAAUUGGGCAAUUCUUUGCUAGACUCAAGCUAGAUCGUGAAAGACCAAACAAUAGAAGAAUAAUAUGGGCAUUUCUGUGAGAGAUUUGGACCCAGCUCUCAAGGGAGCCGGACAAAAAGAUGGACUUGAAAUAUGGCGUAUUGAGAACUUUAAUCCAGUUCCCAUCCCUCAGUCUUCUCAUGGAAAGUUUUUCACUGGAGACUCGUAUGUGAUCUUGAAGACAACGGCAUCAAAAAGUGGUGCUCUGCGCCAUGAUAUUCAUUAUUGGCUUGGUAAAGACACCAGUCAGGAUGAAGCUGGUGCCGCAGCCAUCAAAACAGUUGAGUUGGAUGCAGUUCUAGGAGGACGUGCUGUUCAGUAUCGUGAAGUACAGGGUCAUGAAACUCAGAAGUUCCUGUCAUAUUUCAAACCAUGUAUUAUACCACAAGAAGGUGGAGCUGCCUCUGGUUUUAAGCAUGUUGAAGCUGAAGAACAUAAGACACGGUUGUUUGUCUGCAAAGGGAAACAUGUUGUGUAUGUCAAAGAGGUUCCUUUUGCUCGAUCUUCACUCAACCAUGAUGAUAUUUUUAUUCUUGAUACUGAGUCAAAAAUCUUCCAAUUUAAUGGUUCCAAUUCAUCUAUUCAAGAAAGGGCUAAAGCAUUGGAAGUUGUUCAAUAUAUUAAGGAUACCUACCAUGAUGGGAAAUGUGAAGUGGCUUCUAUUGAGGAUGGAAGGUUGAUGGCUGACUCUGAAUCUGGAGAAUUCUGGGGUUUGUUUGGUGGCUUUGCUCCUCUUCCGCGUAAAACAGUCAGUGAUGAUGAUAAGACAAUUGAUUCUCAUCCUCCAAAGUUGCUUUGUGUGGAAAAGGGGAAGGCAGAGCCUUUUGAAACCGAUUCUUUGACAAAGGAAUUACUGGACACCAACAAAUGCUAUAUUUUAGAUUGUGGGUUAGAGGUGUUUGUUUGGAUAGGACGAAACACAUCUCUCGAUGAAAGGAAAAGCGCAAGUGGAUCUACAGAUGAACUAGUCAGUAGCACCAAUCGACCAAAAUCCCAGAUAAUCCGCGUAAUGGAAGGAUUUGAAACAGUGAUGUUCAGGUCCAAAUUUGAUUCUUGGCCUCAGACAACUAAUGCAGCAAUGCCUGAAGAUGGCCGUGGCAAGGUAGCAGCACUUCUUAAACGUCAAGGAUUGGAUGUCAAGGGCCUCGUGAAAGCUGAUCCAGUAAAAGAAGAACCUCAACCCUACAUUGACUGCACGGGACAUUUACAAGUUUGGCGUGUGAAUGGUCAAGAAAAAAAUCUUCUCGCAGCCACUGACCAGUCAAAAUUUUAUAGCGGAGAUUGCUACAUCUUUCAGUAUUCAUAUCCAGGAGAAGAUAGGGAGGAGCAUCUUAUAGGAACAUGGAUUGGAAAGAACAGUGUUGAGGAUGAAAGAGCCUCAUGUCUUUCACUAGCAAGCAAAAUGGUCGAAUCAAUGAAGUUUAUUCCAUCUAUGGCUCGUAUUUAUGAAGGCAGUGAAACAAUUCAAUUUUAUUCCAUCCUCCAAAGCUUGAUUGUUUUUAAGGGCGGACUUAGUGAUGCAUAUAAGAAUUACAUUGCGGAGAAUGAAAUUCCAGACGAGACAUACAAGGAAGAUGGUGUUGCAUUAUUUCGCAUCCAGGGCUCUGGACCAGAGAGUAUGCAAGCUAUACAAGUUAACUCAGCUGCUUCCUCCUUGAAUUCCUCUUAUUGCUACAUACUUCAGAGUGAGUCCGUUGUUUUUACAUGGUAUGGAAAUCUUACAAAUUCUGAUGACCAAGAACUCGCUGAGAGAAUGCUGGAUUUAAUUAAGCCGGAUUUACAAUGCAGACCACAAAAGGAAGGUGCAGAAACUGAACAGUUUUGGGAAUUGUUAGGAGUGAAAACAGAAUAUUCCAGUCAAAAGAUUGUGAGGGAAGCUGAAAAUGAUCCUCACCUAUUUUCUUGCAAUUUCUCAGAAGGAAAUUUAAAGGUGAUAGAGAUACACAACUUUUCCCAGGAUGAUUUGAUGACAGAAGAUAUCUUCAUCUUGGAUUGUCACUCUCAAAUCUUUGUGUGGGUUGGCCAGCAGGUUGACCCCAAACGUAGAGUGCAGGCUCUCCCAAUUGGUGAGAAAUUUCUCGAACAAGAUUUUCUUCUAGAAACAAUAUCUUGUUCUGCUCCAAUAUAUAUUGUCAUGGAAGGCAGCGAGCCGCCUUUCUUCACUCGCUUCUUUAAAUGGGAUUCUGCAAAAUCUGCAAUGCUGGGAAACUCAUAUCAAAGGAAGCUUGCAAUCAUGAAAAAUGGGGGCACUCCACCUUUGGUUAAACCCAAAAGAAGAGCAUCUGUAUCUUAUGGGGGAAGGUCUGGUGGUUUGCCAGAGAAAUCCCAGCGCUCUCGCAGUAUGUCUGUUAGUCCUGACCGUGUUCGUGUGAGAGGAAGAUCUCCGGCCUUCAAUGCAUUGGCAGCUACUUUCGAGAACUCAAAUGUUAGAAACCUUUCAACCCCACCUCCAAUGAUUAGAAAACUGUACCCAAAAUCUAAGACACCAGAUUUAGCAACGCUGGCACCUAAAUCAUCAGCCAUAUCUCAUCUUACUUCUACUUUUGAACCACCAUCAGCACGAGAAAAAUUGAUUCCUCGGUCACUUAAAGAUACUUCCAAAUCAAACCCUGAGACAAACAGUGACAAUGAGAAUUCUACGGGCAGCCGAGAAGAAUCUCUUACUAUACAGGAAGAUGUGAACGAGGGUGAACCUGAAGAUAAUGAAGGUCUUCCAGUUUACCCAUAUGAAAGUGUUAAAACAGAUUCUACAGAUCCUAUGCCAGACAUUGACGUGACUAAACGAGAGGCUUAUCUAUCACCUGAGGAAUUCCAAGAGAGACUGGGAAUGACUAGGAGUGAAUUUUACAAGUUGCCAAAAUGGAAACAGAACAAACUCAAAAUGGCUGUUCAGUUGUUCUGAGUCAAGUAUACUUAACCACAUACUUUUUCCUUGCAGUGGUUUGAUGUAUAGGAUUAUUUCUUGUUCAUAGCUGCUUCGUAUUAAUUUUGUAGGGCAACAAGGGUUGUUGGUGAGCUUGUCUUUUUGGGGUUCCUUGUUAAUCAUUUUUUGAUUCAAAGUAUUUUUGGUGAAGCAAUUGAGCUUGCAAUAGGAAGGUUGUAUUGAUAGUUGAGUUAUGAAGUUUGUACAGCAGAGUGUAAAAGCCACUCAACACAUUAUUUAUUUUGGAAAUUAAAUAAUAUUCUUUAAAAUUAUUCUUCAA